AUGGAUAUUCAAACGGAUCUUUUGAAACAAAUACAAGAAUUAGAAGAAGAAAAUAGUGAACAAAGUUUAAUACCAAUACAUGUUUUAAAAACUGCACAGGAACAUGUUGAUGGUGAAUUAGAAGAACGAUUAGUAAAGGCAAAGAAUGAUUCUUCUGGACAACGCAUCGUACUAAUUCCUUAUAAUUUGGGAAAUUUUCAUUUAACUGGUAUAUAUAUUAAAUUUCAAACAAAUGGAUCUGUUGAACGAGCCGAAUUCAUUAAUCCAGUUAGAGAACAUAAUGGUAUUCCUGAUCAAUUACAACAAUCAUUCAAUACAAUUUUUCAACGUUUUCAUUUACAAUUACGAAAAUGUGAACAGCCUGGUGGUCAAAAUAUUAGUGGACAUUUAACAAAGAAAUAUUUAUUGGCAUUAGUCAAAGAAACAGCUUUCAUAACUGAUUCAUCUCCAACGAUGACUAAUGAAACAACUCAAUUAACCAAUCGGCAAGAAGAAGAAGAAGAACAACAACAACAACAGCAGAAUAUUGAUAGACCAUUAUAUUCUCAAGGUAAUCAUCCCCUGAUUUCUAAUUUGUCGUGCAUAGAUCCCUAUGAGAAUAUUCAUACGUCACAAUCACCAGUGAACAUAUCAGAAACUGAUAGACCUAGAGAAGUUACGAGUGAAAAUAGUCAGCCAUAUAGAACUGCAACAGAUAGUCAUCCAACAACUACAGAUACCCCUGUAGAAGAUAGGGAUACAGAAAAGAAUGCUGAUCGAAUAGAAGCAUCAAUAACAAAUGAAAGUCUACAGCAUUUAUAUGAUGAUAUGAAUUCGAUGCCAUCAUGUUCCGAACGAUCAGUAAUCAGUUUACUUUAUUAUAUUUCUUGUGAAUUGACUCAAAAUAAUCCUAGUGGACAUGUCAAUUCAAUUAAUAAGGAACUUGAAAGUUUAAAAAUGCGAAUGAAUUCCGAAGAAAAAUCCUUAUCGAAUAUCCGAAAUUCUGUAAAAGAACUUUCAGUUUAUAUUCAAAAUCAGAAUUGGGAAGAAGCGUUAAAGUUACUACGAAAACUUUUUAAAGAAAUCUGUCCAUUAAAUAUUCAUGAUCUAUUUCGAUUUAUACGAAAAGUCGAUGAUGCAGCAGAUGUUAUUAAAAAUAAGGAUAUUAUUUUUCUUCUCGGUAAUACCGGAGCAGGAAAAUCGACCACACUUCAUUUUCUUGCUGGAUCAAAAAUGAUUGCAACAAGAAUCAAAGGUCUUAAUCAUAUCAUGGCGGCAAGUUGGAAAAAUCCCGAUCUAAGAAAUGUUACGACAUCACCUUCAGCAAAAUCCGAGACACGUUUUAUAAUUCCCAUAACUGUUGAUUUGAGUGGUGUUGUAGCAUCUCGUUCGGAUAGUAUUAUCAUAUGUGAUACACCAGGAUUUGAAGAUACCAAUGGUCCGGAAGUCGAUAUUGCUAAUGGUAUAAGUAUUAUUCGAGCGAUUCGAGAAUGUAAAAGUGUCAGACCAGUUGUUUUAGUUAGUUAUAAAGGAAUUGGUGAUCGAUUUGAAGGACUAAAAAAUCUGACUCAUUUAUUAGCAGGUUUAAUACCAAAAAUUAAAAAUGAAAUUCGAGCCUUCUCGUAUAUAUUUACAAAAUAUCCCGAAAUUGAAAAAGGCACAAUUCAUGAGUCAUUAAUAAAUAUUAGUGAAACAAUGAAUGAACAGGAAAAAUCCGAUAUUAGUUUUAUGAAUUUAUUUGAAGAUAUGCUACUAAAAACUAAGCGACAAACUCUUGUCUUAGAUCCCGUCAAAGAUGAACCUAAAGAAUUUCUUUACGAGCUACUUCGUUCGACUGCCAUUGAAGAUCCCAAAGAAGUUUUUCAAUUUUCGAUUACAGAUAAAUCGAAAAACAUUGUGAAUAAUCAAGUUCGACUCUAUCAAUUAAGUAUUCUAUCAGCUAUACAGCGUUACGAAUAUUCUGUCAUAAAAUACUAUCUUGAUCAAAUAAAAUAUUUAAAUAGUUUAUUAAAUCAAGUUAACAUAGAACAGAUCUAUUUAAGUUGUGUCGCAAGUUUAAGUAAACAUCUUUCCGAUGAAUAUGAAAAAGGUACAUUAAUGUUAGAUCGAUGUUUAAUCGAUGAAAAUAUUUUAACAGUAAAUGAUAUUAAACAAUAUCAAACAUAUAUUGAUCAUGCAAAUCAAGCAGAACAAUUAAGAAAUGAUCACUUCGAUGAGACAGUUCUUCAUAGUGGCGCAUUCAUUCAGUAUUUAUUUCGUUUAAUGAAAAAGAUCGAAGAUGAAUUAAAAGAAAAAGCAAUCGAUGAUCCAUCCGUGAAAAAUAGUUUCGAUAAAAUUCGACUUGUUGCCAAGAAUUUUCCGGAUUUUAGUAAUGAAUAUGAAAGUGUACAAAAGUUAUUCACAGAAAAAAUUGAGACAGAAAUAGAUCUUUUCAAAGAGUUUAUCUCUAAAGAUCAAUUUCAAGGAGGUGUCAUAAGUAUGACGAAGUUAUCUAGUGCAGUGAAUAUUUUACAUGAACAUUUCAGUGACGGAUAUAUCGAGGAAAAAUAUCGAUUAUUAAAAGAGUAUCUUCUCGAUCAUUUGAAACAUUCUGUAAACGGCUCACAGUUAAUAUUUCAGAAACCGAAACUUGACGAAUUGGACAUUGGUCAAAUCAAUAAAUGUUUAGAUAAGUUAGACAAAGCUUUACAAACUAUCGAUAUCGAAAAACAUAUUUCAAAAACUGAGAUUAAAGAACUUCGUCAGAGUGUUGUAUCGAAAAUGGUGACUCUUUUCAAACGUUUAGUAGGAGAAACAGAAAAAGAAUUUAAGAAAGAAGAUGGAUGGCAACAUUUAGGAAAUCUUCUUCAACAAUUAGAUUUAAUUCAAACG